AGUAGGUUAGUUUCAAGGCCGACAGUCGACUGGGUUACGAGGAUUGUGUUUGGGUGUGGACGGUAAUUUUUUUAGGGCACAAAACGAAACUUACUGUGUGGGAAAAUGGCGAUGCCUGUAAUGCAACAGCCUGGCAGUAAGCUACAUGAAGCUCAAGCCAUGCCGAUGCAAGGAAUGAACCCUGCUCUUGCAAACCUGCCACCGGGGUUACAGUAUCUGGCAGGAUUGGACGAAAUUGUUGUGCAUCAAAUUUUCGAAGCUCUCGAAGUUGUUGUUGGCUGGGAGAGGAAUAACAGGUACAACAUAUGUAAUAAUCAGGAGCAGCAGGUGUUCUUUGCCAAAGAAGACACUGACUGCUGUACCCGGCAGUUUCUUGGGGUGAUACGUCCAUUUGAGAUGAUGAUCACAGAUAAUCAGGGUCAACAACUGAUCAAACUGGACCGUCCAUGUCGGUGUCAGGGCAGCUGUUGUUGGUGUUGUUAUCUGCAGGAAAUGGACAUCCAGAGCCCACCAGGAGUUGUCGUGGGAAAAAUCGAGGAAAUCUGGACCUGUGUGACUCCAAAGUACGUAAUCAAAGAUGGCACAGGACAAGUCAUCUUUAACAUCUUAGGCGACUGCUGUUACUGCAAAUGCUGCACUGAUGUUGUGUUCAAGAUAUUUGAAGGAGAGACACAGAACAACCAGAUAGGGGAGAUCAUCAAGCACUGGGGUGGCUGUCGCGAAAUCUUUGGUGGAGUCAAUGACUUCAGGCUCAAAAUGCCGCAAAAUUUGGACAUCAUGAAGAAAAUCAUUUUGCUGGGUUCCUUGUUCCUUGUGGACUUCAUGUAUUUUGAGCACAACAAGAACUAAGUUGAACCUGUCUCUGUCCAGAGUCAUUGCAGUUUGUGUGGUGAUCAAGCUUGUACAAUGUAUGCAGUUCUAUUCUCAGCUAACUUUUGUGAAAAAGUGUUAGUGUAUUGGUUCCUAGGUUCCAAGGUUCCAAAAGGUUCCAAAAUCCUCAUCUGACUUUGGUACCUUUGUGUUGGAGGGCCUUCGUCAGUAGCAUUAUUAUUGUCAUACAACGCGUGAAAAGACCCUUGAUUGACUGGCGUAAAAUAAUUCAAGUUUUUAAUAUGACUGUUGUUUAGAGUCUUUUUACUUUCAUAGUUGAUACCCUUAUCUUUAGAAUGGUUAAAAAGGUUUUGGGCUGAUUGUUGUGCAGUGAUUCAAAUAUAUUGUUUAUUGAUUAAAACUGUUCAGAUGACAUUAAAAUGAUUUUUAGAAUACCAAAAGGUUUCCUACUGCAAAUUUUAAAAAGAAGCAAAUAUAUAAAUGUAUAUGUACAUGUAUGUUGUUUUUACCUUAGACUUCUUGUUAUGGGUUUUAUGUAAAUCAGGACAAGCGACUUUCGCCACUACCUGACUGCCUUAGUGUCAAGCCCAGACCUCUUCAACUUAUUACCCUAUUUUGAACUAAACACACAAAAUAUUGGGCUGUGGUUAGUGGUUCUUUAAGGUUGAUUCUGUUUUUUAUUUUCAAAUUUUAGUCCUCUUGCUUUACCAGACAUUAUAACCUGUGAACUGUUUGAAAACGUUUAGCUGAAGUAGUCCUGUACAAGUAGCUGAACAGUGAAUAUGGUGUAGAGCACAUAUAAUUUAAAACUUUUAUUCAAAAGGCUGAACAGCAGCUGAAAACUUUAAGCUUUGUGUAAUAAUAUAGGGUUCCAUGUAAUGGCCAGUCAGCCCGAGCUGAAUUGGCUAACGUUAACUUAUAAUACAGGAAUUCGACUUUAUCAGUGGCAGGAAUGAAUAGUAAGAAUGCAAAGCAAUGCCCUGAACCACUGAAAAUGAAAUUUGUCUGGUCAAAUUCUGUACAAUAGAUGAAAAUGAUUUCUUUUGCUGUAGAGAAGGUGAAAUGCUGUACAGUAGCUGAAAAUGUAUCUUUUUGCUGUACAGAAAGUCAAAACUUUGCAGCAGCUGAAAAUGAUUCUUUUUCGUUGUACAGAAGGUUAAAUGCUGCACAGUAGAUGAAAAUGUAUCUUUUUGCUGUACAGAAAGUCAAAACUUUGCAGCAGCUGAAAAUGAUUUUUUUUUUUUGUUGUACAGAAGGUUAAAUGCUGUACGGUAGCUGAAAAUGUAUCUUUUUGCUGUACAGAAAGUCAAAACUUUGCAGCAGAAGGUGAAAUGCUGCACAGUAGAUGAAAAUGUUCCAUUUUGCCACAGACAAGUUGAAGGCUUCAGCUGAUUUUUUUGCUGAGUAGUCAUAAUCUAUACAUUGAAGUAUACAGCUGUUAGCCUGAUUUAUACAUCUCCAACCAUUUAAGUGACUUUCCAUUCAUUUGCUGUAACUUGUUUUCCAUUUGGCGACAUCAUAAUUCUAGAGUAUAUUAUAUUUUAUAUUAUAUGUUACAAGUUCACUGGGUGGUAAAAUUUUAAUCCUAUUUUAUAAAUGUGAUGGAGUUAUUGUGUUCUUUAUUGAAAUUGCUCAUCAUAUUUCAAGUUUGUCCCUCCAUGACUUUCAGAUGCCUUAAAAUUGUAUACAUUGAUCAUCUCAACACGGAAGAUUCUUUAAAGAAAAGCUCACAUCAUUUUCUGACGUUAGCUAACUCUCACUUUAGCAUAAUACACACAUUUUUUUUUACAAUUGAAAUGUAAUUUUUGGUUAGUUAUAUUUUAAAGAACAAUAAACCCUCCCAAAUUUUGUACAUUGUUGCUUGACAAAAUGUUGUGGUUUUUUUUUAAUGGAAAAAAUUAUGCGUGAUGAAAGGAAAUAGUACUUAAUUUAACAUUAUAGCUUUUGAUACCCAUGACGUAAAGAGCUUGUGGAACCUCACUACCUA